AUCGUUGAGACUUCGUUAGCUCCCGGUACCUCCUCCUAUCUCCCGUCCGCCUCCUCCUCCUCCUCCGCUGAGUCAGCACAAACAGCUGCAUAGAACAUGUCCGCUCCAGAUGCCGCAGCCCCCGGGGCUCCGGGAGCCCCCGGUGCAGACGGAGCCCCAGGAGGCGCGCCUCCCGCACCUCCCAACACCUCCAGCAACCGCAGGCUACAGCAGACGCAGGCCCAAGUUGAGGAGGUGGUGGACAUCAUGAGGGUGAAUGUGGACAAGGUUCUGGAAAGGGACCAAAAGCUCUCGGAGCUGGAUGACCGAGCGGACGCCCUCCAAGCCGGGGCGUCGCAGUUCGAAAGCUGCGCGGCCAAGCUCAAGAACAAGUACUGGUGGAAGAACUGCAAGAUGAUGAUCAUGAUGGGCAUCAUUGGCGUCAUCGUGGUGGGAAUAAUAUUCUUGUACUUCUUCUACUGAGCGUCGCCUGUCACGAAGGAUGAAUAUGGACUUGAGAAUGUGGAUGAGAUGGAUGAGAGGCAAGAGCGUACACA